AUGCAACAAGAACAACACACCACUCUUAACACGCCCGCGAACACGAUGGAGAAAAGACGAGCAACUCUCGAUGAACUCAAAGAGUACAAUUUAUCCGGUGUCCCUAUUAUCCCAAGUUCUACUUCGCACCGGUACCAUUCUCAUAACCGUGGGAAUUACAAGUACAAAGAUGAAAUCGAUGAAGACCUCGAAAGGGGAUUGGCCGAAAUCGAGCUUAGUGUCGAUGAUUCCGUUCAUCAGGGACAUAGCAUCAACAAUCGCAAUCGCAAUCGAAUGCCUAGAAAAAUAACCAUUCUCUCAAGGCCUUCCGAAAAGCCUCAAAAUAGUGCUAAUUCAGUCAAUAUCUCAAAUUCUACCACCGGCAAAGUUCAGGAUACCAAAUACCAGAGAUCCAAUAAUACCUAUACUCCACGCUACCAAGGUUACGAGAACACGGACUUCAACAACCUUUCUAAGACUCAACAGCGAAAGCUGCGUGAUCAUGACAGAUUGGCUCGUGUUCAACAGCGAAUUAAUUCCAAUCAAGCGUACAAGGACCAAAAACUACAUUCAACGAAUGCCAGCUUGAAAGAAGACGUUCAAAAUCCCGAAAGUCCGACCCCAUGUAUUGGUUCUAGCACCCCUACUCCCUUGAACUCCAAGAACUCCGAUCGGCUUUCGAGUACCUGCGGUUCUAAACCCGUCCCUAAGUUCACGAUUAUGCAGCGACCCCCCCGUCCUGCUAAAACUCCUUCUUCAGUCCCCCCUCUGGUUCCUCUCUCAGUCGACGCAUGGUUGGACCAGCAAAGCACUUCAGGCCCCUGGAACCCGCUCAGACUGGAUACUAAACUCAAUCCACGAGGUAAUCGAGAGCUACGUCGUGAACACUUUCAACAAAUCCAGUUGGAGACUGAUGCCCACCUUGCGCAAUUGAGUGGGUAUCAAGAAAAAUUGGAAACGUCAAUCAAAGAAGACUAG